AAUUGCCUGUAAUUAAUUUAUUUGACUUAAAUACUGUGUUCACAGAAGAGCCACGGUAUCUUUCGGAUUAGUUGUAAGAAAGUCUAACAGGCAAAUCGGGUUUUAAACAAAUAAUACCGAAAAACUUAUUUUACUGCUUUUUCUGAGACGUUUUUUCACUCCGUUUGGUAAAACAGCUCCGACUAAAGUCAGGCGUCACACCGGAAACUGGUGGCAAGGCUUCCGGUGGACGAAAACAAAGGUGCUAGCAACGUUAGCCUCCAUAGCUCGGUUAGCAUCCUGCUAGCAGCUGUCGCCGUGUCCAGGUGUGUUGUGAGUCUGCGCAGCAACAAUGUGUUCCGUUGAGCCUCUGAGAGAGUUUAUCAGAGAGAGACUAACUGCUGCUGCUGAAGAAAUCUUCACCCAGCUGGAAAAAACCAUCGUCCAGUACGAGGAGGAGAUCGACCGGCAGCGGAGACUGCUGGACCUCACCUGGAGACCCCGGGUCAGCUUACAGCGAGCAGACGUCCUGCAGCAUUACAUCUGCAAGGAGGAGGAGGUUCAGACGGACCAGCAGCCCUGCAGCCCAGCGGCGGAGGUGCAUUUGGAUCAGGAGGAAGUAGAAUCUGUGCAGAUCAAAGAGGAACACGAUGAGCUUUGUGUCAGUCAGAAUGCAGAACUGGUUCUGAAAGAAGAGAUGGAUACCUUCAAGGUGAGUCCUGUUCCUGAGCAGGACUGUCCCAGAGAGCCAGAACCAAACAGCAACCUCAAACCGGCGGCUUUUAUGGGUCCUGUUUCUGAUGACGAUGACCUGAAAGAACCAGAACCAAACACGGACAAGAACUCUGCUGAGGCCGCGUACCAGAAUCAGGAAGAAAGCAAUGAAGACGACUUUGGAUCCAGCACGGAAGAGUCUGAGCAAGACAAGGAAAGUCGCAAAACAAAACUAAAAAGGCACCGAAAAAGUGGCACCAAUUAUAAUCUGUCAUCUUGCAAAAUUUGUGGAAAAACUUUCACUCAGAAGUAUCUGAUAGCACACAUAAGAACACACACAGGUGAGAAACCUUUUAACUGUUCCACCUGUGCCAAAAAGUUCAUUCUCAAAAGUCAUCUAAAAAACCACAUGAAGAUUCAUAGCGGUGAGAAGCCUUUCUCCUGUCAGACCUGUGGGAAAAGUUUCAUUCAAAGGAUGAAUUUAACUCUUCACAUGAGAACACACACCGGCGAGAAGCCCUUUCCAUGUGAAAUUUGUAACAAAACCUUUGCUAGCAGGAGUCAGCUAACUACUCAUGUGAGAACUCACACAGGAGAGAAGCCUUAUGCUUGUAAAACCUGUGGGAAAAGUUUUAGUACCAGAGGUACUUUGAUUAGUCAUAUGAGAAGUCACACAGGAGAGAAGCCUUUCUCGUGUCAGAUCUGUGGACAGAGUUUCACUCAGAAACCAGGUCUCAAAGUUCACUCACGAAAACACACAGGAGAGAAACCGUUUAUGUGUCAAACCUGUGGAAAGAGUUUCAAUCAGAAAAGUGCCUUGCUCACACACAUAAGAACUCACACCGGUGAAAAGCCCUUUUCCUGUUUGACCUGUGGACUACGUUUCAUCAUGAAGAGCAGUUUGACUCAGCAUAUAAGAACCCACACUGGGGAGAAGCCUUACUCUUGUCAGAUCUGUGGGAAACGUUGCAGUUUAAAGGGUAAUCUGAAGUUCCACAUGAGGAUUCACACAGGGGAGAAACCAUAUUCAUGUCUUACAUGUGGAAAAAGCUUUGCAGUAAAAUGUCAAUUAACUCGUCACAUGAGAACUCACACAGGUGAGAAACCCUUCUCCUGUCAGACCUGUGGAAAGGGUUUUACCAAGAACCUUUAUUUAAUUGCCCACAUGAAAACUCACACAGGCGAGGCAGUUUAACAGAGAGGUCAGAGGGCCCAACAUGUGGUGCCUGUGCAUGGCAGCCUCACUUCUGUCAGACUGCUCCAGGGCAGAUGUGGCUACGAUGUAGCUCACAAUCAUUGGUGUGUAAAUGUAUGAAUGGGUGAAUGCAUCGGUGUCACAAUAAUCACUGUGAUUGAGACAUCUCGCAAGAAAAUUAAUUCCACUUGAUUCAUAGGAGACGUGCAGCUAAAGCUCCAAUUUGGGUUUUCCUGGUUACCUGCAGGAAAUCAGAAUCAACAAAGUGAAUUACUACUGCAGGCUGCUGAAAACUGGACAAAGUAAUGUCUGUCCGCUUGGCUUCUCCCAAUGUCUAAGGCUACAUUCACACAGUCAGUCUUGAUGUGUAAUUAAGAUUUUAAAUUUAAAUUAUUUUAUUUUUUAUUUAUUUUUUGAUAAAAUCCACUUUUUUGUGUGAUCGUUUGUGCCUGUGGGAACAAACAACCACACACGCACCGUCAUGCACCGCUCUUGCCUAUUGUUGCUAACAGGGCGGCCAUCUUGGAGUAGCGUUAUGUUUGGCAGGCGCUAUGAAGUAUCAGCACACUUAAUAACAACUUGCUAAAUACUAAACAGAUUUUCACACUUUUUUGCUGUAAACCUUAUUCAAACUGUUAUAGCUACAUGUACAAGGACAUUACUUCUUAAAGUAUUUUUGAAUUUGAUAUGUGGUUCAGCAUAUUUAAAUAUCCUUACUGGGGAGAAUAAAAUGGGAAUAAAAUAUCCUGAUUUAAUCUAUGAUGGUUAUUUUACAAAACACAUAAGACACAAAUAGAUUUUAUAAAUAU